CGUCCAUCGAUAGUUCCACAUUUCACUCUGUCAUGACGUACCGACGCAGGAGUUUGCUCUGGCGCAUCGUGGUUGCCGUCCUCAUUUGCACACAAGUCGCGUGCGCGGGCAAUGCGACAGACACCCCCACUCCAGUUCCGUCGACCAGUGUCCCGACAACGGUAUCUCCACCCACGCAGUCUCCCCCCGUGACGACCUCGGCGCCGACAAACCCACCCCCCACACAACCUCCGACGGCGUCUCCAACCCCGCCACCGACGCCGCCUCCUGUACCUACCACUCCUGUUGUGAAGCCGACGCCUCCUCCAUCCAGUACCUCUGCUCCUGAACCGUCCCCUUCGUCACAACCCCCGGUGACACCGCCAAGCCCUGCCACAACUUCCGUCCAUCCACUUACAGAACCACCCGCUCCUUCGCAUCCAGAUGACAGCCCGCCAUCUCCUUCGACUCAAGGUGGUGACUCCCCCGUCGAUGCAUUCGAUCCACAGUUGCCAACCACGUCGCCGUCGAAUCUCCGCGUCCCGACCAGUCCUGCAGGAGAUCCGAGCUCUAGCAGCCACGAAGCGUCAAGUGCCGCCGACGAUGCGACCAACUCGAACCUCACCAUCAUCCUUGGGUCCGUUCUCGCCGGGAUGGUGUGCGUCGUUGUGGCCGCCGUGAUCGUGCGCCGCCGUCUCCGCAGCGUUAGCGGCGACGAGAAGAUGCUGCACGGCGCAAACACAGCUGGCGGGUCGAUGGUGUUUAUGGAUUCGACGAGACCGUCGUCUGUUCCCGUUCUUCAGUCCAACAACCGCGUAUAUGAAAUGCCCAACCUGCUCGCGCUUCCGGCGCCGGCGCCGACGAAGAAGCCGCCUUCGACCGUGCCACGCACCACGUCGCGACGCGAUGAGCCGCGGACGGAGGAAGCAUCUUCCUUGUACCGCCUGUCGUCGAUGCAUCACAUUCCAAUCGUCGACUGCAUCGAUGCGCUCGGAAACAUGACGCGCAUCUCGGAAGCAGAGAACAGCGACGGGUCGUCGGCGGCCACCACCCUCGACAACCAUGCGGCCGACAACGGAUUCGCCAUCGAUGUUCGAGGCACGGAUGACCUCUGCCGGUUCACUCGCGCGUCCGAGCACUACAGCGAAAGCACGUACGACGGUGAAUUCGGAGACCAUGUUGGCUUCCCAAGCGAUGUGAGCCGGGAAACAGGGUGGUCCAUUGGAAGUGAGAACGUCGCAGCCCCUUCUGGUGAAUGGGGCGGCGCGGCGGCGCCAUCCCACGACGUUCGCAACACGGACGAUCUCCUCCAGACAACCCGCAGCAUGGUCUCCAUCGACGACUCUUCCGUGCGAGGAUCGUCCGACGUGUGGUUAGAUACAAACCGCUUCAACGCGAUGGUGUCGACCGACGUCCACAUCUUUUAAGCUCCCGUUAGUCCCCUAGCUCUAAAUACAUACAUGGCCGCAGUGAUGUUUCGUUGGGUCUCACGUGUUGCUGCUACGCUCGCUGCAUGUGCUGUGGGGUCGGUCGGGCAGCACGAGCGAUGCGCGGGGUCUGUUCGUGGUCGUGUAUCACGUCGAGUUUGAGGCGCUUGUGCACUCUCCAACGAUGGCUGACAGAGUCCACUGACCGGUUUGCGGUGGUUUCACGUGCCACGAU